AUGUAUUCUAUAUUAACAAGAGGAAAUGCAAUUCUCACGUAUACUCUAAGUGUUCUAGCAUGUUUAACUUUUUUAUGUUUUCUAUCCACACUGACGGUGGACUAUAGAACCGCUGCUCAAAUGAAUACAGUGAAAGUAGUUGUAAAAAAUGUUCCAGACUAUGGUGCCUCAAGGGAAAAGAAUGAUUUGGGUUAUUUAACUUUUGAUCUGAAAACAGAUCUUUCCAGUCUCUUUAACUGGAAUGUUAAACAGUUGUUCUUAUAUCUAACUGCAGAGUACAUUACACCAUCUAAUGAAUUAAAUCAAGUUGUGCUGUGGGAUAAAAUUAUUUUAAGGGGAGAAAAUGCUUUGCUAGAUUUUAAGAAUAUGAACAUAAAAUACUAUUUCUGGGAUGAUGGAAAUGGUUUAAAGGGUCACAACAAUGUCACAUUAACCUUGUCCUGGAAUAUAAUCCCAAAUGCAGGUCUGCUGCCUAACAUACCAGCCAUUGGUCAGCACUCUUUCAAGUUCCCUACAGAAUACACACAAACAAGAGUAUGA